ACCAAUAGAAUCAGUUUGAGAACCCAAAAUCAAACACAAACCCAUCAUCAAAGGAAUCAAAAAGUGCAGUAAAAAUGGCAAAAUCAUAUCACACUUUCUUCCAUCUCUCCAAAAAUCCAUAAUCUCAUCCCCCACUUGUUUGUAUCUGCCAGUGUGCAUGUUUCUGUUCCAAUCCAGUAGCAACCCAUUGUUUUUUGCAUCAACUUUUUCUGAAGAACAAUGAGUUCAGCAACAGCAUAAACAGUUCAUGCAUUUCUGUUCUCCGAUGAAUUUGAAUUCGGAAGAACAACUCUGAUACAGAGACGGAUUGUUAAUUGUUAUACCAAUGUCAUGAUGAUUGGAAGUUCAAUUUCAGUUUCUGUUUCUGUUUCUGUUUCAAUCAUUGUUUUCUCUUUGUUGUUACCAGAAAUUUGUGGUCUCAAUCAACAGGGCAUCUCUCUGCUUUCAUGGCUUUCAACUUUCAAUUCAUCUUCCUCGGCUACUUUCUUCUCUUCUUGGGAUUUCACGCAUCAGAAUCCGUGCAGUUGGGAUUAUGUGAAAUGUUCUGGCGAUGGAUUCGUUUCGGAAAUCGAAAUCUCUUCCAUUAAUCUCGAAGCCAGCUUCCCGAUGCAGCUUCUUGGAUUCACCUCGCUCACGAAGCUCGUUUUGUCCAAUGCGAAUCUCACUGGGGAAAUUCCGCAAACACUUGGUAAUCUAUCGUCAUUGGCCGUCUUCGACCUGAGCUUCAACGCUUUGAUCGGGAAGAUUCCGGUUCAGAUUGGGAGGUUGUCGAAGUUGGAGCUCUUGGCGCUGAAUUCCAACUCGUUGAGCGGCCAGAUUCCGCCGGAGAUUGGGAACUGUUCGAUGCUCAAGCGGAUUGAGCUCUACGACAACUUGCUGUUCGGGGAGAUUCCGGCGGAAGUUGGCCGGUUGAGGGCGUUGGAGAUUCUUCGUGCAGGUGGAAAUCAGGGCAUUCAUGGCGGAAUUCCGGAUGAGAUUUCGAACUGUGAAGGAAUCACGUUCUUGGGGCUCGCAGAUACCGGCAUUUCGGGGCGAAUUCCGAGAAGUUUGGGAGGGCUUAAGAAUCUCAAAACGCUUUCGGUUUAUACUGCUAAUCUGACCGGCGAAAUCCCGCCGGAAAUCGGGAACUGUUCUUCGUUGGAGAAUCUGUUUCUGUAUCAGAACCAACUUUCCGGGAGAAUUCCUGAGGAAUUGGGGGAGAUGAAGAGUAUCAGAAGGGUGCUGUUAUGGCAGAAUAAUCUGAGUGGAGAGAUUCCAGAAUCUCUUGGGAAUGGAACAGGGCUUGUAGUUAUUGAUUUCUCAUUGAAUGCUUUGAGUGGUGAGAUUCCAGUUUCUUUGGGUAAAUUAAUUGCUCUUCAAGAGCUUCUUCUGUCUGAGAAUGAGAUUUCUGGAGAAAUCCCUUCGUUUCUCGGAAAUUUUUCGUCUCUGAAGCAACUUGAAUUGGAUAACAACAGAUUUUCCGGUCGCAUUCCGCCGUCGCUUGGCCGGCUGAAGCAGCUCUCUCUGUUCUUCGCCUGGCAGAAUCAGCUCACCGGAACCCUACCGGCGGAGCUCGCCGGCUGCGAGAAACUCGAAGCAAUCGAUCUUUCGCACAAUUUCCUCACCGGAUCGAUUCCAGAUUCUGUGUUCAAUCUCAAGAACUUGAGCCAGUUGUUGUUGAUAUCCAAUCGACUUUCCGGUGAAAUUCCUCGGAAUCUUGGCAAUUGUAGCAGCUUAACUCGCUUGCGGCUCGGGUCGAACAACUUCACCGGGAGAAUUCCGUCGGAGAUCGGGCUUCUUCGUGGUUUGAGCUUUCUGGAACUGUCGGAAAAUCGAUUUCAGUCGGAAAUUCCGUCGGAGCUUGGCAACUGUACUCAGCUGGAAAUGGUUGAUUUGCAUGGAAAUGACCUCCAUGGAAACAUACCUUCAUCCUUCUCCUUCCUCAUUGGACUUCACGUCUUGGACCUCUCCAUGAACAGAUUCACGGGCGCCAUUCCUGCAAAUCUAGGCAACCUUUCAUCUCUGAACAAGUUGAUUCUGAGGGGAAAUCUCAUCACUGGUUCAAUUCCUUCUUCAUUGGGUCUUUGUAAAGAUUUGCAGUUGUUGGAUAUAAGCAGUAAUAAAAUCUCUGGUUCAAUCCCUUCUGAGAUUGGUGACAUUCAAGAACUUGACAUUCUUUUGAAUCUGAGUUCCAAUUCCUUAUCUGGUCAAAUCCCUGAAAGCUUUUCGAAUCUCUCUAAGCUUGCAAAUUUGGACAUCUCUCACAACAUAUUCAUUGGAAACCUGGGAGUGUUGGGAAAUCUUGAUAAUCUUGUCUCUCUUGAUGUCUCAUUCAACAACUUCUCAGGUGUUCUUCCUGAUACCAAGUUCUUCCAAAACCUCCCUCCCUCUGCAUUUGCUCGAAACGAGAAUUUAUGCAUAAAAAGAAAUGGAUGCCACUCGAAUGGAGACGAUCGCAGCAGGAAAUCGACUAGAAAUCUCAUCGUUUUUUUGUUUCUUAGUGUUAUUGCAGCUGCAUCGUUUGUGCUGAUCGUGUUGAGUUUGUUUAUGAAAGCUCACGGGACAGCAUUGAGCAAGAACAGCCCAGAAGAUAGCUUGGAUUGGGAGUUCACUCCGUUUCAGAAGUUCAGCUUCACUGUGAAUGAUAUUACCACGGGAUUAUCGGACUCGAACAUUGUCGGAAAGGGUUGUUCGGGCAUAGUUUAUCGUGUGGAGACCCCAGCAAAACAAUUCAUUGCAGUGAAGAAGCUAUGGCCUUUAAAGAAUGGUGAAGUUCCAGAAAGAGACUUGUUUUCAGCUGAAGUUCAGAUUCUUGGCUCCAUAAGACAUAGAAACAUUGUUAGACUUCUGGGUUGCUGUAACAAUGGCAAAACCAGGUUGCUCUUAUUUGAUUACAUGAGUAAUGGAAGUUUGGCUGGACUGCUCCAUGAGAGGAGGCUGUUCUUGGAUUGGGAUGCAAGAUAUAAGAUCAUACUGGGAGCUGCCCAUGGCUUGGCUUAUCUUCACCAUGAUUGCAUACCUCCAAUUCUUCAUCGCGAUAUUAAAGCAAACAACAUAUUAGUAGGAUCACAGUUUGAAGCUGUUCUUGCCGAUUUCGGCCUGGCGAAGCUCGUCGAUUCUUCAGGCUGUUCAAGACCUUCCAAUGCCAUUGCUGGUUCUUAUGGCUAUAUUGCUCCAGAAUAUGGGUACAGCUUGAGGAUAACAGAGAAAAGUGAUGUAUACAGUUAUGGCGUCGUGCUUCUAGAGGUCUUAACAGGGAAGGCGCCAACAGACGGUGGAAUCCCAGAAGGUGCCCACAUUGUCACUUGGGUUAACAAAGAACUAAGAGAUAAAAAGAGGGAAUUUACAGCAAUCCUUGAUCAGCAGUUACUCCAGCGAUCGGGAACGCAAAUGCAACAGAUGCUUCAAGUGCUCGGGGUGGCCCUCCUCUGCGUCAACCCUUCGCCAGAGGAACGACCAACAAUGAAAGACGUCACGGCCAUGCUCAAGGAGAUCAAGCAUGAAAAUGAGGAGUAUGAGAAGCCCAAUUUGUUGGAAAGAGGAGGAGCCAUCACAAAUCCAAAAGCAGCAGUUCACUGUUCCAGUUUUUCUAGAUCAUCUGAGCCUCUAAUUAGAGCUGUACCUUCUGCAGUACCAUAGAUUCAAAAACCCUGAAGAACAAUUCAGUUCACUGAUUUAUUUCCUUUUUAAGAAAACUAUGAAAUUUAUUUGUACAGAUUGGAAGUAUGUAGCAGCAAUAAUGACAAGGCUGAAUCUGUACUUCUGCUUGAAGUAUCUCUCUCAUUCUCCAUACUGAGUACUUCCCGUUCUUUACAAUCCGAUGCAGAUCGCAUUGCCGUAUUCCCCGUAUGUAUGAACUAAAGAGAAGCAAACCUCCUGUGACAUUACCAAGAAAACUUUAUGAAGAAUAAGUUUGGUAGCAGCUGUUGUAACCAAUAUAGAGGGGACCAAGAAAAGAAAUUUUUGCCCUCAAAACCUACUGAGUUGUCUGUGGGCAGCUCAACCAACAAAUAGACAUCAUAGACAGACAAACUUUUGGUAUUAGACAAAUAAAGGUUAAGCUGUAAAGAGCCAUUUCGGACCA